AUGAACAGUAAAAGCGACAUUCACAAUGCCCCUGAUACAGUGGAAGACAUUCAAGAUUCGAAGCAGCAAACAAAUCAUGACCUCGUGGACCGAGAGGUUGCCCAAUAUGCUAGCGAGUCCAUCAUCGAGGUGGACGAAUCUACCAACAAGCGACUGAAGCGAAUGAUUGACAAGCGGGUGUUGAGCGUAAUGGUCUUCACAUAUUUUAUGCAGUCUCUAGACAAAGGAACGAUGUCUUUUGCAUCCAUCAUGGGCAUCAUUGCAGAUACUAACCUCAAGGGUCAAGAGUACGCGUGGCUGACGACAAUCAUCUAUAUCGUUAUCCUCUGUGUUGAAUAUCCUGAAAACUACAUCAUUCAAAAGAUACCGAUUGCGAAAUGGCUUGGCUUCAAUAUCAUCAUGUGGGGAGUGACCCUAAGUCUACACGCCGCUUGCCAUAACUUUGUCGGUUUGGUCAUCGUUCGUGGCUUUUUGGGCGCUUUUGAGGCAGUCUGUCAACCAGCGUUUGUGCUUUUGACUUCAAUGUGGUACAAGCGCGAAGAGCAAGCCACGACCGCCAUCCUUUGGUACAUGAUGAAUGGCCUUCAGCAAAUAAUCGGCGGACUCUUGGCCUUCGGCUUCUCCUUUAUCCCAGCCACUUCGCCUAUCAAGUCGUGGCAAGCAUUGUUUAUGAGCUACGGGAUCAUCACCGUCUUCUGGGGAUUUUUUGUGCUUUGGUGGAUGCCUGACUCCCCAAUGAAAGCGCAUUGCUUCAGCGAAGAGGAUAAAAAGCUCAUGGUGGAGCGAGUACGUUCUAAUCGGACUGGUCUGCAGAACCGCAAGUAUCGUAAAGAGCAGAUCUGGGAAGCAUUCAAGGACCCUCAAGUUUAUGGGUUUGCGCUGAUCCAGCUACUUACUACUCUUCCCUCCGGAGGUUUGGGUGCGUUUGCCAACAUCAUCAUCAAGAGCUUCGGAUAUACUACUUGGCAAACCCAGCUGCUCCAAAGUGUCACUGGCAUUCUGCAAAUCAUUACAAUGGUCACAGCCGCCUGGAUCGACAGACGUUACAAGCAAACUAUAUUCGCCAUGAUGGCCGCCGUCGCCCCUACAAUCGCAGGAACUGUAGUACUCAUCACCGUGCCGUUCGAGCCCAGCAAGAAGGUCGGGCUGUUACUGGCGUACUACGUCAUGAUCUCCUUCUGGGCCUGCAGCGGCCUCGCGCUGUCGUUAGUGACUCGUAACGUCGCCGGCCAAACCAAGAAGGGCGCUGUCAUCACUAGCAACUUCGUCUUCUGGGCCACGGGCAACUCCAUUGGGCCACAAGUCUUCCGUGCCAAGGACGCACCGCGUUAUUUCCUUGCCCUCGCUAUCAUCUUAAGCUGCUUUGUUCUCUUGGAAGUCGUAUUGUUCUCGUUGCGAACAUACUACGUUUGGCAGAACAAGUCACGCGAUGCCAAAAUCGAACGGGGCGAAGCGAUCGCGGAUACUGCACACACACAUGCGUUUGAGGAUAUCACAGACAAGGAAAAUGUAAACUUCAGAUACAACUUUUAA